CCGGAUGUAGCACAUCGACUUCCCCGUUUGACGCACAGUACCCGGUCUUUCAACGACUGUAAUCCCGGGCCCUUUCUUUGAAACCGGUCGGACUAACCUUUGGGCAUUCCAUCUUUUUUUCGGUUUAUGCUGGUGCAACUGCAGAGAGCGUUGUCGCGGAGUCUGUCGAGUGUUGUUUACCGAGUCGCUCUCGCAAUGAAGCCGCAGGUUAUAUUCGUUUUGGGAGGGCCGGGUGCUGGGAAAGGAACACAGUGCACCAAAAUCGUGGAGACGUUCGGCUACACGCACCUCUCGGCCGGGGACCUGCUCCGGGGUGAGAGAAUGCGGGAGGGCUCUGAGUUCGGCCAGCUCAUCGACACCUACAUCAAGGACGGCAGAAUCGUUCCUGUGGAGAUCACCAUCAACCUGCUAAAAAAGGCGAUGGAGGAGACCAUGCGGCUGGACCAGCAGAACUUCCGCUUCCUCAUCGACGGCUUCCCCCGUAACCAGGACAACCUGCAGGGGUGGGCCUCCGUAAUGGAGGACAAGGCCGACGUGAAGUUCGUCCUCUUCUUCGAGUGCAGCGAUCAGGUGUGCAUCGACAGGUGUCUGGAGAGGGGGAAAAGCAGUGGCCGUACUGACGACAACAGAGAAAGUCUGGAGAAACGGAUCAAGACAUACCUGCAGUCCACUCGGCCAAUCAUAGAGCAGUACCAGCAGCAGGGGAAGGUGCGCACUGUGGACGCCUCCCGCGGUGUGGACCAGGUCUUUGCAGAUGUCAAGGCUCUCCUGGAUAAGGAAGGGUAGAGCGUUUCCCCUGGCAACCAUGUGCAGUCGCUAAUUGGAGCCGUCACAUUCUCACACUCCGUAUAUAUGUCUGUGCUCACAAGUUUAUUUAUGUACGUGUUGAGGAUUUUUUUUGUAUCAUUUCUUUUCACAUGUAAAAGUUACAUUUCCUGUUGAAUGGUGUGUGUUUGUGUGUGUGUGUGUGUGUAUGUGCGUGUGUGUGUGUGUGCGGGGAGAAAAGGUGCGGUUUCACACACCUGCUACCAGGAAGUGAGGGUCUCUCCUCUGCCCUCCCUACUCCACAUUUUAGAGAAAACACUUCCAUCCCACCUGUAUGAAUAAGCAUAGUCCACUAACCACCUGUAUUAUUACCUAUAGUCCAUAACACACUCUUAUGAAUACGCAUAGUCCAUUAACCACCUGUAUUAUUACCUAUAGUCCAUAACACACGCUUAUGAAUAUGCAUAGUCUGUUAACAACCUGUAUUAUUGCCGAUAGUCCGUAACACACUGUUAUGAAUACGUAUAGUCUGUUAACCACCUGUAUUAUUACCGAUAGUCCAUAACACACCGGUAUGAAUAAGCAUAGUCCGUUACUUACUUGUAUAAUUACCUAUAGAUCAUCACACUCGUGUAUAAAUCAUUCUUGCGCAUUACACUCCUGUACAAAUAGGCAAAAUCCAUCACACCCUUCGUAUAGAGAACAUACAGUUGUAUGGGGAGUCUGUUGUACAGAGUUUGAUUGUGUGUGUGUGUGUGUGUGUGUGUGUGUUUGUGGGUGUAAUUGGAGGGGCUCGAGUGUUAAAUAGGUGUUGUCAGGGAUGUUGAGGGAUCAACUUUGCCAGUACAGUAUACAACUGUAUACCUCAUCGAAGAUAAAAAAAAGCAACAUUUAUCUUAUUCUAUAUGUCAGCAUUUCCCAUUUAGGAUAUAUACUCACUAUAUGUAUCCUCACGUGCUUAUCGUGGUGGGCAGUGACUCGUCUUGUCACCCAUCUUGUGUGACACUUCCAGCUUUAGCGGCCAUUUUACGCCAGAGUGCUUGUGGCACACUGCAUAGAUUUGCUGUUUGUUUGUUUGUUUGUGUGCGUGCGUGUGUGUGUGUGCGCGUGCAGGAAACUCCUCAGAUGAAGGACCUACACAUCUGAUCUAUGUCUCAGUUUACAUGUGUGUAUUGAAUUUUAAGGAUAAAUGUAGGAGUGAAACUCGCACCAUGUGCACGUGUCACGGGCUGCUCUACAGACAACUGGAAAGGCUAGUCAGGUUAUCAAACCAGUUUACUUGGCUUAAAACAACAACAACAAAAAAGUUUUAGCUGAUGUUGACAGUAACGAUAACGAUGUGAGCAUCUACACUCAUGUACAAUAGCUUUCUCUAAAUAUCCUCUCGGCUGCGUCAUCUGCCGUUCUUUAUGUGACACCCUGUAAAUUCGGAUGGAUUUCGAUUGCCUGUCUGUGUUUUAUUGUUCAUGCUGGAAGAAAUUGGUCUGAAAGUGAUCCCAACGAUAUCGUUCAUGACUCGUCGUUAUCUCCGCCGUCCACUUGAGUUAGAACGAUUUUUAAAACAACAUAUUUAUCGUUCUAGCUCUUGUUUUGGACUGGCCUUUAAGCCCUGUUUCUCAGAUUACGGCCCUUGCUGACUGUGAACUGCUGGUCUUCCACCCUCUCUAUACUUGGUAGUCAGGUGUGAAGACAGUCUGGCCAAUCAGGACAUCCAUUUUAAGUGCGCAACUAACUACUCAUUUUAACCGUUUGUUUUCAUUUUCAUGCUCCAGACGGAAAAUGUGACAGCAAGGAUCAUUGACCAGUUUUUUGUUAAACUUGAAUUGUUUUUUAAUAAUUCAGGAGAAAGUGUAAAAAACGAUCAGAGAAAUAUACAAAUACAUAUGCUCUUCACUCCUACAGUCAGUGUGGAUUUAUGAUUCAUUUCUGUAUGAUUAUGGAGGACUGGUUAUGCAAAGAACGACUGGCUGUAGUUAACUCAUGCGUCCAGCAGGUGGCAGUGCUGACAUGAUUGAGUAUGUGCCUCCCAGGAUGCUGUCUGUCACCCACAAAGAGCAUCAUGCAGGGAUACUCUACUCUGGUCCAGAGGGCAGUACUACUGAUGGUAUGCUUAUGUACCUAGGUAGGGUUUUGAUUGAUUCAUGUCCCUGAUUGGAGAGAAACUCCACUCGCACAAUGUCCCGGGUCUAACAGAGUCCCUGAUUGGAUGGGAGGAAUGCCAUUUCUGCCAUUUCUGAAAACCCAGAUUCCUGUGUCCCUGCAAUAAUAUGUAUUAAAGUCAGUGCUGGCUAACUGGAAGUACAUUAUAAGUGUACUGUGUAGUUAUAUGUGCAAUUAUCUCUGGAUGAGAGGGUACUCAAUGACUGAAUGUGAUGUGAUGUUUCUGAGCUGAAAUGUCAGGAGAUACUGUAUGUCUUCUCCAGUCAAGUGUCAUUCAGCCGGGGACACGUUGUGUAUGGGAAAUCAUUUCAGGUAACAACAGAUCCCAAUUAUUCAGUUUGUCUUCUGAUUAAUCCCUUACAAACCAAUCCAGUCUCUUUAUCGACCCCCUUUCUUUCCAUGAUUAUAUUUACAAGAAGAAUAUUGCAGAAAUUCAGUUAAUGGUCAUACGGAGUUAUUCAGUUUCCAAAGAUAAGCAAAAGUGUUAAUGACCUACCAUGAAGGUCAUCACACAGGAGCAGUACAAACUGAUUAUUAUGUAAAGGUAAUAAUGACUGACCUUUUCCUCCUUAAAUGUGGUCUUUAAAGUAGUCCCACAAUAUGUUUAAAGUCCAAGAAUCUGCCAUAUUUGCCAUUCUUUCAUAUGAAUUCAUAUCAACAAUAUGAAAUUACAAAUAAGGUUAAUAUUGGACAUAAUAUUAUUAUAAGAAUAAGUCAUGUACCAUUGGCACUUAAGAUGAAAUCAAUAAAAAGAUUGUACUCUGA